AGGACCGUGGGGCAGGAGCAAUGGCGGGAGCCAGCGUGGGGGGCCGUCUCUACCGGCAAAUCAAAAGACAUCCCGGGCUCAUCCCGAUGAUCGGCUUCAUCGGCCUGGGCCUGGGCAGCGCGGCGCUCUACUUGCUGCGACUGGCCCUUCGCAGCCCGGACGUCUGCUGGGACAGGAAGAACCCGGAGCCCUGGAACCGCCUGAGCCCCAAUGACCAAUACAAGUUCCUGGCCGUUUCCACCGACUAUAAGAAGCUGAAGAAGGACCGGCCAGACUUCUGA